UGUGUGAGCUGUGAUUGGUCACAGCUUGUCACAUGGUACAAGGCUGUUGUGAAUAGCCUUGUACCAUGUGACCUCUGUGAUCAUUCACAGAUUUCACACGUAGUAAGCAAUGAUGUCAGAAGUGACAUCUUGCUUACUACUCUGCAUGUGAUCACUGGAUCGGUGUUCCACUGUGUCUGGGAGCGCGCACAAGCAGGGGGCGGGGAGGCCGUGUAUAAACGGCCACCCACUCCUGCACUGCUACCGUCCAGCUGUUUAUAUACAAGGGACAGACAGGAA